AAAUAAUGAGCUAGUCGGAUUCAGAUAACAAGGCCGGUAUCUCUUAUUCUAAUUAGUAGAAUUAUCUGAGGAUUACGAUGAUGAUUAUGUCGAAGAAAAGCCCAUUGAACCCAGACCUUAUAAAACACCUCACGAUGAUGAAACAAUUCAAGUAAUCAAAUUUCUAAUAAAACCAGGAUAUUCUAUCUCUUUACGUUAAAGAUAGACCCCUAAUCAAAAUGCAGUUCAUCAAAAAGAGAAAGGAAUUUGGGUAUUGAAUUUUGUAAUCCACCUUAUUUAGUUUGACAUUCAAAUUUAGUGAUCAAGAGACAUCCGAAAGGACGGGAGAAAUCAAGGCAUUAGACAAGGACCCCCUUUAAUUAGUCAAAAACAAAGUUAUAGAUAUGGGGAUUCAAGGAUGUAAUCCUGUUUUAGAUGCUUCCUCUCAAACCGUGUGGAACAGAAAAAUUAAUAAAGCACUACAAGUCGACGAAGGAGAUGAGAGACAGGAACAACCUGAUGAAGAUUUUAAACUUCUAAAAUUUUUAGAAACUGUCUAUCCACUAAUGGAAGAAGCGCUUUAAUCAAAUGAAACUAUUGAUAUUUACCAAGAUGAUUUCAAUGUCCUACCAUCAUCUGAUCAAAAUGGAGGUAUAUAACAUAAUAAUAUUCCAUUAUAGACUAAAAUGCUGAACUUACAAAUGUAAUCAAAGAAAUCAAAAGUUUCAGUUAUUUAAAUUGUAAAGGUAAAAAAAUACAAUGCAUACAAUUCCAGCCAUCAAGUCAAGCAAUCAAAUCAAAAUAUAUUGUUGCAGAGUCAUUUGUAGAAAACCUAUUAUUUGAAGAAAGAGUAAUAUCAUAAUUGAAGUCUCACAAAUCUUUAGUGGUGUUUUGGGAUUUUGAAGAUAUCCAUUCAAUUGAACCGGUUUUACUCUUAUAAUCACCUCUUGAAAUCCUAGCAUUCGAAUUCAAUCCAAAAGACCCAAAUAUUAUUAUAGGAGGAGCAAUUAAUGGAUAAGUUAUGCUUUGGGAUUUAAGUGGAACAGCUCUUUCAGUGUUUGCAUCCAAAAAAACUUAAAAAACAAAACAAGAAAGAAGUAUUUAUAUCAUAAACUAACUUUAGAUGAAAUACAAGAGUUAUUACCGAAAUUGACAUCUGCUCUUUAAGACCCUGCUUCAUAUUAAGCAGCUGCAGCAAAUGAUGUCUUGAAGAAGUAAGUUGCUUCCCACAAAAGCCCUGCAUUAGCCCUUAAAUGGUUCCCCAUAGGAAUGGAAUUCGAUAAAAAACACUUUAAUCAUCUUAUUCUUACCACAUCAUAAGAGACAUAUUAAUUUGCAAGCAUUAGUGCUGAUGGUCAAAUUUUAUUUUGGGAUACACGUUUGAUAGAUAAGGACAGCAAAAAAACAUAAUAAGAUGUAAGUAUUUGAUUAAGUAAUUAGAUUUCAUCUAUUCCCUGGAAAGCUACAUAUGGGAUAUAAUUAUAUCGACCUGAAGGAGGUGGAAUGAUGGGUGGUGGAUACUUAUAAUUUAGAAAGAGUAUUUUUUAAUUUCAGUAUUUUUAGAUUAGAAAACACCCACAUUGUCGGGAACGUCUGAUGAAGGAGAAGUUUUCAUUUUAGAUUGGGGUGAAAGAUAGGGAGAAGAGGGAUAAAAGAAUUAAUUAGUCACAACCAUAUGGCAGUAGGCAAGAAGCAUGAGACCACCUAUAGCAUUGGAUGUCAGUCCAUUUUUCGAUGAUAUCAUUCUUACUUUACACGAUUUUAAUUUUUGUGUAUGGAAACAUAAUUCAACUUAACCAAUAUUUGAUAGUCUAAUUUUGAAAGGUGCACAUAUAACUUGUGGAGGAUUCUCUCCAUUCAGAGCAGGAGUAAUUAUCAUUGGAAAAACUGAUGGAAAUCUAGAUGUGUGGGAUAUGCUAGAUUAAUCACAUAAAUGGACACUAUAAUUUUAGGUUGUUGCAUGUGCCAUCACCUCUUUGAAGUUUAAUGACAAUAUGGCACAUAUCGUAGCUGUUGGUGAUUCAGAUGGUACCUUGCAUUUAUUAGAAUUCCCGUAAAGUUUAUGCAAAGAUCAAGGGAAUGAAAUUAAAGUCAUGAGAUAAUUUUGGGAUAGAGAAGUCAAGAGAGUCAAUUAUUAUUAGGAAAGAUUUAAACUUAGAGAAUAACAAGCUAAGGAGCAAAAUGAAAAAGAGAUUUUAGCUUAAGCGAUGAAAGAAACAAAAUAACCUGGAGAUGUAUUUAUUAUAAUAAUUUAUUCAAGACUAAAGUUCUUGAUGAAAUAUCAAAUUUUGAGAGCGAGUAUUAAAAGUUCAGAGAUACAUUACUUGGAAUAGCUCCUAAAGUUGAAGAUGAAAAAGGGAAUAGUAAAUAAAAGAAGUGAUAC